UCCUUCUCAGGGAGCUGGCACGCUGACAGACCAGGGUAGAGAGAGCGGUUUAGGAUUUUCCUCAAAGACUGUCAUUACCCUUUUGCUGUGGACCCUAAUUUGGAAGUGUGGUAGUAGUCUAACCCUGUAUUACAACUCGAUGGUGACUUGGGGGUGAGCUGGCGGCUCAUCUUAUAGUGCCCCCGUAUGGACGAUGAGGAGGACGAUGUGUUUGAGCCAGACCCCCACUGCUGGCGCACCGCAUUCCGGGAGAUAAAGUGUGAAGACCGGGGCACGCAGACACCUGGCCCUGCCCUGGCACCGUACAACGGCAUGCUGCCGUGUGGAGUCGCAGAGGAGCCCAGACCACUCUUCUACGGCAACGCAGGUUUUCGAUUACACUUCCCGGCACACUUUGAGCUUGUUGGGGAUCAGGAAGCGAGGCGACAAGAAAGCGAAGGGGAGCACAACGGGAUGGAGCAGCUUCCCCGGCAGCAACCUGUGGCCCGCAGUGUGGAGGCCUGCAUUGGCCAGAAACUCCAGCUGAUAGGAGACCAGUUUCACCGGGAACACCUACAACUGUAUCAUCGAAACCAAAGGAACCAGGGGCCGCUGUGGUGGCGCCUGGGCGCAGCUCUGCUCAGCCUUCUGUUUGACAGGGGGUUCAUUGCUGGAAGAGGUGGAGCGGGACGGAGGUGAGGGGGUCCUCCCUUUAUACCCCUUUUCUUCAUCUAUCUGAGGAACUGGACUGCUAAUGGCACUGUCAAAUCUAACACGGGUCUGUUUUUGGGGCGGAAAAAGAAAGGAGACAAAAAGUCACCGCGGGACGGAGACAACCAACUUUUAUACAAGGUCUUGUGUUUUUUUCUUUCCAAGAAGAUGCCAUGAUUCUCCGAGAUUCAUCCACAGGACAAUGUUCAUAUUUUGGUAUACGUGUGGUGUAGUAGUUUUGUACAGUACAUUGUUCUUGUUACAUUUUUUGCACUUCAACAUGUAUCCAUCUUUAAUGACCUCCACAGAUCCUGGGAAUGCCUUAUUCAAUGUAUUCUGCCAGAAUGAGUAUUGAGCAAUUUUGACAGGCAAGAUGAGAUGGUUAGGAAAUGAGAGGAAAUAUGAUUUUAGGUUUUCUUUUCUGAAGUUUCCCAGGUGACCAGACAAGUUGAUUUACUAAUUUCCAAAGAGGCAACUUCUCAGAACAAAGCAAUUUGCACCUCACCUCAAUGGAACAUUUAUCUUUCUUAUUUUUCUUAAUUUUGCGUUUAUUUGUUUUCUCACUUCUCCAUUUUCUUCGGUAUGGUAUUAAGUUUGAACAUGAUCCCUCAGUAUCAUUUGAUCAAGUCUGCACACCUUGACUUGUAAUCUGAAUAUCUUUUCAUGCACCCGUGUUUUAAGGCAAGCCUUUCUCCAGUCAUGUGCUACAUGUCAAACAAUUAGAACAUUUUGAUUUAGUUUGUAAAGUAAUGGGGUGGAGUUAGCAGUACUGAACAUCGGUGACUGGUUAACAAGCCUGGUGACUGCUAGCAAACCUGUGAAAAGAUGCAUGAAAAGAUGUGUAGAUUUAAGUUCUGUUAUGGUGAGUUUUGUAUGCAUUUUGGAGGUCUAGUACCUGUGCACUAAAUUUUAACAUUAGAGUAAAGCACAUAAACACUUAGGAAAACUAUUUGGCCAAGUCUACCGUAAUGAUUCAAAUUUAAAUUUUAGUGAGAACACCAGAUACUCUUUCUUCAGUUUAAGUUCUCCCUGUGUUUUAGAUGUGUUCGUUUCAUGUGAUUGUUUUCAGACCUCCAUGCCCUUGAAGUGGAACUGUGGAUCCACUGUUUUUGCACUAGACGUACACCCUUCAAGAGCUCAGAGAGUUACCAAGCUAACCUCUGGCUUGUAUGAAGGUUUUCAGUUCUAACUUGUUUUCUUGCCACAACAUUUCGGAUGUAUUCACUCUUAUGUCCAAGACAAAUAAUCAAUGUUGAGACCCGACUGAACGCAGCCUGGAAUCUGGAUUGGAUUUGGGUUCUGGAAAUUUCUCGUACCAGUGUUUCAGGCUACAGUAGACAGUUAGAGCCACGUGCCUCCAUUGAAAGGUUUCUGUCCUGGUUUGUUUUUCACAGUCCAUGUGUUUUGAACACCAAACGAUACUGCAUAAUCAAUCUGUGAAACAGAUCUUCUCAGGCUUCUUUUAUGGGGUUUUACAUAAUUUUAUAUUCUGAUCUUGUGUUGUCUCUGGUGCUCAGAUCCAGAUUGGGGACAUUAGUAGUACAUAUAAGCACCACUGACUCAGCAGACAAAUUACAAAAAGACAAAAGUGAAAAUGACUGUAAUUAUUGUUGAAAUAUGAAUAUGUUUAAAGACACUGUUGACGAUGCUGUUUGUUAUGUUUUCCAUCGCUGAACCCAGGCCAACUUUUGGACCCAAGGAGCAGUACAUAUCAGGGGUCUGUAAUUACUUGCUCCUUACAAUGUGUCAAGUUUAUCACUGCAUAAUUAGGGUUUCCUCUCAUUUUCUUAAAGAUGUCUCAGGGACGGACUGUGUGGGCUACUGGUAACCUUGAGAAUCUGUUACAUGGUUAGAAGAAAAGCAGUGUUUUCACCCAUUUAUUUAUGAUGAAACCUCCCGAGGUAUUUGUCAAGUCUCUUAUUUUCAUUUCAGUUUUAAAAAAAAAUCAUCUUGGCCAAUUUCUUAGCACACACAUAAAGGUACAGUUUGACUGAGGAGACUGAGGCUGACUUGCUGACUGUGGUGGUGACGGGGGCUACUGAGCAUGUAGUAGUAGGCGUGUGAGGUGCACUGAGUGUUGUUGUGGUUAUAGUUUCCUGCGGAUCCUGAACGCUGAGCCAGUCCCUGUAGCGCCCCGUCUCACCAUUGGCUCUUGGCGUCCUCUUUGUGCUGCUCCUUUAUUACAUGGGUAUUGUUCAUCGGUUCAUUUUUCUUUGUAAUUUAUUUUUUACCGUCUUAUUUAUUUUUGUACAUUUGCCCAUUUCUACUGUAUACACUUGUGUGUGCAAUUACUUCUUAUUUUCCUGUUUUUGUUUUAGUCUUGGACUUCAGUUGUUUGACUCUGUGCAGAGCAGGUUGGUUUGUUUCAUGUGAUUCUCAACCCAGAUUCUACUUUUUGUCUGUCUCCUGCAGGCUGUAAGAAAUUAGACCCUUUAUGAAGAACAACAGCUAUGGUCAGUUUGCAUACAUGCAUACAUGCUAAGUUGGACUUCAGUGUUGGUUCCACAGGGUCAUCUGUCAGAACUUCACAGAUUUGAUGGGGACAAUAUUGUGCAGAGGAAGUAGUGUAUUCAUCCAUAUAUCCAAAAUGUUACUAUUAGACAACAUUAUAACUGACAGAAAAUUCACAAUGACCACAGCUGCAGCUCUUCAUGAAAAAGAAAAACUACAAACCUCACCUUUGAAGCCUACAUGUGUUUGAUACUCAAAAAAUAUAUUCUGGGUAGAGUAUUUCACUUAAAAGCUUGUGAUUUUCCAGGGAUGGGCCCAACCAAUUCAGACCUUUUUCAUUAUCUCUCACCAGUCAUAAUGGGUAGAUUUACAAUAUGUGGUUUAGAAAAGCAGCAGCUUCGAUGCAGUUUAACCUUUCAACAGGAUAUGACCUUUGCUUUAUAAUUAAUGAGUCAUCACCCAUCCCACCCAUUUCUAACGAUACAUAUGGUAUUAGAAAUGCUUCAAAACACACAGAAAAUACUCUUCUCGAGUCACAGGGCGUUAGUUUAUGCAUUCAAUUCUUUAAUCUUGAUCAUUGUGUUGUAAUCAAUAUGCACUGGAAAGUACUUUGUUUCUGUAGAUCCCAUGGGUCCCUUAUCUGUUGUGUGUUAAUGUAUAGUAUAUACUCUGGAUUGUUCUCUUGGGCUAAUCUUGCCAUGUGUCAGACGUAUAUAUCUGUGCAUCGACCAAGUAGGCUUGGAUCAAUGGCCUGUUUGAUUUAUUGGAAAGGGAAACAAGCCACCGUGGUGCCCUGUAUAAUUUUUGUUAGAAUGAGGUUCCCAAGCUGCACUCAUCACAUUAUAUGUGAGUGUGGAGAAUCCCGAGAGUGGGACAUGUAUUUUAUGGAAACCGUCAGUGUCUUGAAUUUUGUAGUCCACUUUAUAUAAAUUUGAAGUUUUACAAGGAAGGUUUUGAUUUUGAUUUUUUUUUUUAACGAUAACAUUUCUUCUUCAUGGUCUUUCUUAACUUUUUAAAAUGUAUUUUCUUAAGAGAAGGGUUCUGUUUUUAUAAGGACAGUUCAUGCUUGUAAAAUAAUUUUUAAUGCGAGUAGGAUCCUUUUGAAGUCCAUGAGAUCAAGGGCAUGUUUUUUUAUAUAAAAAUGAACUUGCAACAUUCCUUGCACAUCUCAUCGUGGUGUAUAAACAAAACCAAGCAAACCAAAAUAAUUCAUUGUUGUGGUUAAUUUGGCUAAUGAGCUGAUAGCAAUGAAAUAUUUGCCCUUCUUUACAGAACAGAUAAAAUGUACAUGUAUUUGUAAAACCCUGGAAUAUGCCUUUAACUGCUCAGUUUCAACGAAGUCUUGAUUAUCACACACUCUCUGUUAUACCAAGAAAUGAGACCCAGCGAAAAUGUAGCAUUUUUGUAAACAUUGACUGUGUGUUUUCGAGACUCUACUGUGCACUCAUUUUUGUGUUUAUAUAUAUUUUUUGGUUGUUGAUAUAAUAUGGAAGUAAAGACAAUUUGUUAUGUAGUGCAAUAUGCUGUACAUAUGGAGCUUUGCUCUACAAAUCUUUUUUCUGGAUUUCUUGUUGUUUAUUGGUACUUUUUUUCAAUAAAAUUUUAUUGAAGGUG